AUGGCAUCUUCAUCUUAUACUGGAAAUGGUAAUGGCUAUACAAAACGUUCUCGUCGCAGUGAGCCAACCAUUAUCCAAGUAAAAGAAGAAAUGAUUGAAAUGGAUAAUAAUAAUGCUCCAUAUCAAUCACCUUAUGAGCAAUUAUUACAACAGGAAACUGUUCCAAUACCAGUUGUUGUUCCACCAAAGAAACCUAAAGAACAAAAAUGUCGUUGGGAUCGUUGUACACAUACAGGUGAUAUUAAUGGAUCUUUAUUUGAACAUCUUCUUGAACAUGUUAAUGCUCAAAAACAUAGCAAAAAAGAACAAAUGUGUCUUUGGGUUGGAUGUCGAGUUUAUAAAGUAGCAUCACGAAGUGUUAAUUAUUUAGAAAAACAUAUUCAUAAACAUACAAAUGAAAAACCAUUUCGAUGUGUUUUUGAUAAUUGUACAGAACAAUUUACAUCACAAUUUGCACUUGAAAGACAUGUUCAAACACAUUUAAGACAACAAGAUGCAUCAAUGCUCUUUGAUACUAGUGGUGAAACAUCAAUGAUUGGAACAACAGAUUUUGAUGUUUUAAAUGGUGAUGAAAAUCAUCGUUCAUAUCUACGUGGUGGAAGUAUGAAUGGUUCAUAUCAAAAUAUGCUUCUUCAACAAGUUCAACAUCAAUCAAAUGAGAAAAAAGCUAAUCGAAAACGUCGAGCUAAAAUUAAUGGAGUACCUGUUGCUUACGCUGCAAAUCGAGAUUGUUUUACUGAUAGUGAAAUCUUUCAUUUGACACGUCUCUUUGAUACAUGUCCUUAUUUUUCGACCGAUAAAUCUGGUACAGUAGUUGUUUUACAACCCAAAAUUACUAUGAAACGACAUAUUGGCGAUCGAACUGAACAAUAUGUUGAAUGGACACCUGAAGAUAUGUAAGUAUUAAUAAUAAUAAUAAAAAAUCCUAUUCGUAUUCUUUGAAUUGUUUUUCUUUUUUCUUUAG